AUGAGCAUCAAUAGCGAAGAGGUAAACUACCUGAUUUGGAGAUACUUCCAAGAAUGUGGGAAAGAGGUAUCAGCAUUGGCUUUACAGGAAGAGACGCGGGUUCUCGAUUUUGAUAGCCAAUUUGGUCGUCAUAUACCGAUUGGCGCAUUGGUAGAUCUCAUACAGAAGGGCCUUUUGUAUACAGAAUCGGAACUUCUAGUGCGUUACGAUAAAGAAAAAACACCAGUGGACGGCGAUGGCGAUCAGGUUUUGGCUCGAGACUUCAACCUGGUGCAUGCACUCGAAAUAAACAAAGACCGGGUACCGUUAAUCCGUGGGGAACACAGGUUUGAGUUGGCAAAUGACGAAGCCAAUCUGGCUACAUCAGAGAGAGGACAGACAGGCCCAGCAGAAAAUUUACAAAGUCGGGAAACUGCAACUUUGGGGGCAUCGAAUUUUAUAAAAACCUUGCAUGAAAGUUUUAGAAUACCUCAAAGUGCGGUUUGUCGAUGGAAUCCGUCAAACAGUCUGAUAUUGGCACAUGGGGGUUCUGGUUCAGCAGCAACUGUAACCACUUUUGAGACCUCGGAGCCAGGGAGUUUGUCAAAAAUACAAGAGGUCAAGUGUGAGCAUUCGCCAGCCAUCGAAAACGACGAAAACGAAAAGAAAAACGGCGUAUCUUGUAUUGAAUGGUCGCCCACUGGUCAUAGCUUGGCGGUUGGUGCAGAGUCUGGUGACGUACGACUAUGGACAGUAGACGGGAAACUGCAAAACGUUUUCGAAUUCCACAAAAGUUGUAUCACGACCAUCAAAUGGAACCAGGACUCUCUGCAUUUUCUUACCUGUGACGUGGAUAACGUUGCCAUUAUCUGGAAUUCAGUGACCGGCUCGGCUUUGCAGCAGUUUUCUCCCAAAGAUUCGGGUCUUUCUGAGACGCUUGGGAUCGAUGCUGCUUGGGUUGGUACGGACAAAUUUGUGAUACCUGGAAUGCAGGGCAACAUACUACUAUGCGAAAUGGGCGAAAGCCGUCCUCUGGGCCAACUCAGUGGACACACCAAGGCUUUGACAGCAUUUGACUACAAUCCGACCACGAAACUGCUUGUUUCGGCCUCAGAUGACAAAACCCUACGGGUAUGGCGAAGCGGUAAUACAAACUCUUCGAAUUGUUUCAUGGGCAACUCGCAAAGCGUGACCAGUGCAGCGUGGCUUGACGAUGAUAUUGUCAUAUCAACUUCGAUGGAUGGAUCGGUACAGGUCUGGUCGCGCAUUUCCAAUUCGGUACUUGCGCUAUCGAUGGUCGAUGGGGUGCCAAUAUUCUGCGGAGCACUGUCCCCUGACAAGCAGAAAUUCGCAGUGGGAAAGAUGGACGGCGAGAUCAACUUGUAUGAUAUCGGAAAGCUGGGCUCUACCUUGAAAGAUGUCCAAGACAACAGCCAAGUGCCAUCCAUCCCAAUCUAUGGUGAUUACCAGUCGAACAGCGAAGGCAAUUGUAUCACAGACCUGGCUUGGGAUUCAACAAGCACCUACCUAACUAUUUGCUACUCUGCUAGUGAAACCUCGGUAGUGUACAUUGGUUAG